AUAGUGUUCUGUGGGCAGGAGUACGAGUAUGAAAUGUUCUGUGUUUAAAACAGUUAGAUCUGUGAAAACGUUCUUAAAUUUUAAGUUUCAAAAAUAUUAGUGAUUUUUGUUGGUGUUUUAUAUCUUCUAAAAUAACUUAAAGAACUAGUAUUGUUAUUAUAUAAAGUUACUCAUUCAACUUGAGUUGUGUGUGACGUUAUUUCAUACAGAAAUAUAGAAGCAAUGGCUGGUUUUACUGAGAACGCAUUGGUUCGAAAACUGCAAGAUUUGAAUCCAAGCCAACAAAGUAUUCAAACAUUAUCUCUAUGGCUUAUACAUCACAGGAAACACCAUGCUGCAGUGGUAAAAACAUGGUUUAAAGAGUUAUUGAAAACAAAAGACAGUAAACAGCUCACUUUUAUGUACCUGGCAAAUGAUGUCAUACAAAACAGCAAGAAAAAAGGCCCGGAAUAUGGACAGGAAUUUGGCGAAGUAUUGGUAGAGGCUUUCAAACAUAUGGAAAAAACUGGUAUUAAUGCCAAAACUAAAAGUUCCCUUCACAGAAUAUUGGGCAUUUGGGAGCAGAGAGGUGUAUAUGAUGCUAAAAAAAUACAAGAGUUUAAAGUUGCUGUUGAUCCUAAUGAUGCAAUACCUCUUAAGGCGAACAAGAGGAAAUCUGUUGACAUAGAGCAAAAAGACUUUGAGAAGAAACCAAAGAUAGAAAUUGAGAAAAAAGAGAAGCGUAGGUACAGUGAAACAAAAGUAGAAGUGGAUGGAAAGAUAGAGACACAUAUUACACUUAGCCCUAAAACGCCACCUGGCGACCCCCCGGAACCAGAGGAGCUAAUUAAGGCAUUGCUGGAAUUGGAAUCAAGUGCAUCAAGUGAUGAGGCAGUGAGAGAAAAAAUUGCCUCCCUUCCUCCUGAAGUGUCUGAAGUGCAAUUAUUGUCUAAGUUAGAAGAUAAAGAAUCUGCGGAAAACUUAAGCUCCGUAGUGAAUUCCGCGGUAGAACUCCUCGCUACCUACAACCAGCGGCUGUCGGACGAGCUGGAGAAGAGGAAGAAGGUGGCGGCGAUGCUGAGGGACUUCGCACAAGCACAGCGGGACUUGGCCAAGCACGCUGAAGCGAGACUGGAGGAAUACAAUAUUAAAUUACAAAAGAUGUAUGCAGUGAAAGCUGAGGUGAAGUCACACAUCGAGAGCCUCCCAGAUGUUUCCAGACUCCCGGACGUCACUGGAGGACUAGCGCCUUUGCCCUCGGCCGGGGACUUAUUCAGCAUCUGAAAUAUUACAUCAAUAGCUUGCCCGUAGUAUGAAAUGGACGGUGUUAUGCAUAAGACUGAUUAUUUCGAUUACCUGUAUUGAAUGCCUUAGUCGAUGUAUGAGUGUAUAAUCGGAAGGUUAUCGGGUAAUUGUUUUGGAUAAACAAGUUGUUCCAAAUCAGUUUCGUAUUGUUGUUUAGGCUGAUCUCACGAAGUGAAAAUAAAACAGUCUCUAUAACAACAAACAAAAGUAGUUCCUACAUAUUAUCUAAGACAUUAUUUUUACAAACAAUAUUGUUUUACAUACGUUAUAAUUGCUCCCGUUUUAUAAGUAAAGAGUGGCAGUGAAUAAGGAACUAUUUGUUUUUCACUUGUUAAAGUUGAAUAGAAUACCUUCACACAACACGUAGCGUCAGUAAAAUUUUAUAACUAAUACCGAUUAGUUAAUCUGCUUUUCUUAAUAAGAUACGAUCAUGAAUAGCUCUUUUAAAAACUUAUGUUUGUAAACUAAACUAACAAUUAUACGACGAUUAACAUUAGUGAUCUGGUUUUCGUCAGUAUAAAUAUAAUUAUACAAGAAUUAUUUUGGAAUCACCAUUACUAAAUAUUUAAGUGAGACAUCCUUUUGUUUAGAACCUAUUAACGUUUGGAAAAAUACAUAAGAGGUAUACUGUUUUUUUUUGUGUUUGUUGAUAAGAUAUGUAUAAUAAAAAUGUUGUUAUUAUUGACCUUCGCGUAUUUUUUCUGUUCCUUCUCUCCUGGCCAAAUUUUUAAUUAAAAUAUUAAAAAAAAAUACGGAUGUCACUCUUAUGCUUAACGCCGUUUAUAUUAAUGACAAUUUUGCAUUUUAUUGAAUUUGGGCUUAUAAUAUCUUAUAUUAUAAUUUCUCAACGCCUUUAAAGUGAAAAUACGGCAAGCUUUAACAUAAUUGUUAUAUCUACAUAUGUAGUACAAAGCAAUAGCAUAGCAUUAACGUAAAUGCGCCUUUAUCUACAUUGUAUUAAUAUAAUAUAGCUAUACACAUAUAGUACUAGUUGUACAUAUAUAACUUCAUGUACCUAAUAUUGGUAUUUAGACAAGUAAAAUGCAUUAAAUCAUCCGUCGGAAUAAUGUAUGCUAUUCUGUACAUUAUUUACCACAUUCAUUUAACGAAAUGUUAUUUUCAAGAUGUCGAAUGGCGUUUCUUUUACGAGUAAAGAGUUAGUUUGCAAUAAUUGCAAGAACAACAAUAUCCUAUAAUUAUUAUAGGAUAUUGUUUUUUAUUUAAUUUCUAUACUUUUUUAAAGUAAAUAGUUCAAUUGUAUAUUUACUAUUUUUCAAUCAUACAUUAAAAUUAAUAUUCAUGAAUGCUGAGGGCUUGUGUUGUAGAUAUGCGCACGAAUAGAUUUAACCCAAACACCAGUUCAACUUGCCCACUAGAGGGCAACGACCAGGUGUGGUCAUGAAGGUGAGCGGCGUGUGCAGUUUUACCGAUUCAUUACAUUGCAUGUCGGUACUGCAACGUGUGUAAUCUACGUGAAAUGAGUAGCACGCGUUUGGUAUUCUAGUGAAGCAUAUUUAUUAAAUUAAUUAGUACUUUUUUACUUUAAAUGCGUGCACUCUGCUUAAAUGUCUGUGCGUUAACUUCUUACAGCAACUCCUUCAUACUCAUGAAAUUAAUAUUCGGCAAUAGCUGUAUUAUAUUCGGCCACCAUAUAAUUUAUCAAUAUACCUGUAUGACAGUUUCCUUUAACAGCUACAAUUAGUUUUUUUUUAAAUGGUUUUGUUGUUAAAAAUUGUUCUGUCUGCAUGUUAAUAGUACAUUUUGUUAUUGAUAUGUAAUCUGAAGUUAAAGUUUGUGAACAAUCUAAUUUGAAUCCUAGAAUGUUACACCGAAAGUUCAUUUUCCACAAAUGUGUCCAUAUUGUUGGUGGUUCGUUAUUUUGGCGAUUUGUUUGUAGCGAUAUAUUUGGUGCCUUGAAUGUAGCUAUGUUUAUGACGUUUAUGGUGUCCUGAUAUAUUUGACUACUUUGGAUGACGGUAUCUAUUUGGUCACUUAUGGUGAAUCAAUGUGUAUUGUGAGGACGGGUGUUGCCGACUCUACAUGGACUAGUAUUUGAUUACCAAAAAAGCGUGUGGUUUAUAAAGAGAUCGUAAAUAGGUAGUUAUUUUUUGUACUAGAAAAUAACAGAAUUAUAACAUAGGUAUUAGACUUUUCGACAAUCCUGCCUAUAGUAAUACUUAAAAACAACAUAAAAAUUCUACCUACUGGGAGCGAGGCUGGAGUAGCAUAUGGCCUAGUAAUGUAUUAAUAAAAUUGUGAAUUUUACGAAAGCCCACAAUAGUCACUAAUAUUUGUGUGGUAACAGAUAGUGGUAAACCUUUGUAGUGAGUCAAGGCAUACGUAUCAAUACUGAGUAGUACCUAAAGUUUAUCACGUUCACAAUGUAGACGUUGCUUUAUAUCGGAUUUGGUACGGUCCAGAGGGCGCCUAAUGGCCGGUAAUAAUAAAUUUGUGCGAUGCACAAUGCAACAUACGGUUCGGUGGGACCGAAUUGGACCACGUAUCUAGGCUAUUGCACAUUACAAUUUUUCGUAUACGAUGGGAAAUCAUUUUACCUCGUAGUAGGAUUGUAUUACACGCGAUUGUAUUUAAAGUAAAACUGUACCAAAAAUUAAGUGAUGGCUACGGUUUUGAAAGCAUUGAUAUUAUGUUUGAUUAUUUAAAUUGUGUGUUUCGGCGAUAUAUGACAACCUUUAGGUUCACCUAUUUAAGUAAAAGAUUGACGAGCGCAGUGUUAUGUAAUUGGAGUAUUAUUGCAAUACUAACUAUAUAUAGAAGCGCUUUAUAUCAGGUGUUUGUAAUUUAUUCCCAUGAAAAAGAUUUGUCCUGGGUUGCUGCUAUUGUUAAAUAAAGUUUGUUAAGAUAUAUAAUAUA